UGACGUCACAGGGUAUGUUUCUGUUGAAGUGUCUGUUGCAGUAUAAUAUGAUAAGAGGGCAAAAUAGGCAACGAAAAACCUAAGGAUUCGCACAUAUUACCGCCGUGACAACACGCAAGACGACCUUAGCUAUACCUGGACUUAAUAUUUGUUUUUUUUUCUGGUGAGAAGCCAUGUUUCGUUGCCUGCUUCCCUGGCGUUGUAAUCGGCAAGUCGAGUCGUUGGAUCGGAGUCACUGCAGCUUAAACUUUGUGCCGGACGAAGUAUACCGCUAUGAAAGAUACCUAGAAGAGCUAUUCUUAGAUGCAAACCAAAUCAAAGACCUCCCUAGGCCAUUUUUUAGGUUGUACAACAUUCGCCGACUGGGCCUCAGUGACAACGAGAUCGCUAGACUACCGCCCGAAGUUGGAAACUUAGCAAACUUACAAGAAUUUGAUAUUAGUAGAAAUGAUAUAUGCGACAUCCCAGAAAACAUAAAGUACUGCAAAAGCCUAGUUAGUUUGGAUUUGAGCGGAAACCCUAUUUCCAAGUUACCUGAUGGGUUUUCGCAAUUACAGCAUCUCACAACACUGUGUUUAAAUGAUGUCUCCUUAAUAAGACUUCCACCAGAUAUUGGAAGUUUGACAGAAUUGACAGUACUUGAAGCAAGAGAAAAUCUAAUAAAAUUCCUUCCAGUAUCCCUAGCAUUCUUGAGCAAGCUAGAACGACUGGAUCUUGGCUGUAAUGAACUUGAAGAGCUGCCUGAUGUUGUGGGAUCACUUCCAAGCUUGGCAGAGUUUUGGCUCGAUGGAAACCUUCUCAAGACAUUGCCCACCGAAAUUGGCAAUCUAAAGAAGUUGCAGAUUUUUGAUGUAUCAGAAAAUAAGAUAGAAUAUCUCCCAGAUGAAAUAUGCUUUUGUGGCUCACUUACAGACUUACACUUAUCACAGAAUUUGUUAGAGGAACUUCCCGAUACCAUAGGAAAAUUAAAGAAGCUGCAACUACUUAAAGUUGACCAGAAUCGUCUUAUCACACUAACCCCAGCAAUAGGAGGAUGUAUAGCAUUACAGGAACUUAUCCUGACAGAGAAUCUUUUAGAUGUGUUGCCAUCUACUAUGGGCAAAUUGCACAAGCUCUCUCUUCUUAAUGUAGAUAGGAAUCGACUGGAAGUUCUGCCUGUUGAACUCGGGAGCUGUACAAAGCUGAGUGUGUUGUCGCUACGGGACAAUCUUUUACAGCGACUCCCCACCGAGAUUGGCAACUGUAGGAACCUUCACGUAUUAGACGUCUCCGGUAAUAGAUUAGAAUGCUUACCGCUGACCAUUGGUACUUUGCCACUGAAGGCGCUUUGGCUUUCAGAGAACCAGUCGCAACCUGUGCUAAAGCUACAAACAGAGGAAGACGAGAAAACGAAUAGCAAAGUGUUGACAUGUUUCCUGCUCCCACAACAAGGCAUGGGAAGCCUGGAAAUGCUGACGAACGACUUGAGUCACGGGUUUGCUGUGGAUAACUUAAUGAUGGAAGGCUUUGAGUACGACGACGAGGAACUGCCCCCAAAGGCUGGCGGGAUACAUUUCCCAGACGAGAUCGCGCUCAAUCACGAUAGAGAGACCUCCAAUUUCCAGCGACACGACACCCCCCGCUUCAAAGACCUGAAGGCAAAACACCCGAGGAUGGUCAUUCACAAGACGCAUGCCGACGGGUUUCCAAAGAGAAGCCGAUCACUUACCGACGAGGAAAGCCAAUCAGACACGGAACAAUUCAGACCCAAAAGACUCGGCUUCGAAAAUACACCGUUAAACGACGAGAAACCGAAGGAAGCCGAAGACAAGCCGAAGGACACCACCCCUCCCUCCAGCAGAAGAGGAGUCGGUUUUGCUGCCGACGAUUCUGAUCAUGCGCACGACGAGGAACACAGGGAUCCCGACUCAGACGCGGAAUGGCGGGAGCACAUGAUUCGGUUCGAAGGCGACGAUCACCCUGAGCGCCAGGAUCACCGACUGCGCAGGCGCGACACGCCCCAUUACUUAAAAGACAAGCGGAUCCAGCUAAAAGGCGACGAGGAGGUCAAGGUCAAGGAAUUGCUGGCAAAGGCGGGCACCAAGGGAAGCGAGGACGAGGAGGAUGAGAAAGAACAAGAAAAAGAUGACGAGGGCCCAAAGCUGCAGAAGCAAGUCGAGACGAGUAAGCCUGGGGAAGAGCAAGAGAUGGUCACUGUUACUAAGGUUGUUGAGGAGAUCGAGUACACGAUACAUCGCGACACCAAAGGACUUGGUAUCAAUAUCGCAGGCGGCAAGGGCUCAACACCUUAUAAGGAGAACGAUGAAGGUAUUUUUAUUUCGCGGAUUUCGGAGAAUGGUCCUGCUGGUCGGGAUGGAAUCCUACACGUCGGCGAUAAGAUCCUCAAGGUCAACGGUGUCGAUAUCAGUAACGCAACGCACCACCAGGCUGUCGAUGUCCUGAAGUCCACUGGGAAAGACAUCACCCUGUACGUCGUGCGAGAAAAGGAAGAGAUCGAGAAAAGAACCGUCCCUAAAACCGCAAAGGACGUACUUCCGCCCGAAGAAACCAAAACGGAAGUUACGACAAAAGAAAUUGUGUCGCCGGUAAAAGAAGUUAAUGAGCUCCACAGGGAGCCCGAGACAGAGCCGACGCUAAUGAACGACUCACAUAGUAAUGAGGUGGUGGAGGAAUCCGUGAAGGAGGAGCCGAAGAAGACUGGCGUGCGAUUCGCACCGGAACCGGAAAUGGAAGACAUAGAAACGAGGCCAGAGAAAGAGACCAUCACCCUCAAGCGGGGCGGCGAUAAGGGGCUGGGGUUUAGUAUAGCUGGUGGCAAGGGGUCCACGCCGUACAAAGAUGGCGACCCGGGUAUUUUUAUUUCCAAAAUCGCUAAGGACGGGACCGCGGAGAGAGAUGGCCGUCUUAAAGUUGGAGAUAAAGUCCUUUCGAUCAACUCUCGCGACAUGAAGAACGCUAAGCACGACGAUGCGGUGAACAUGCUAACGAGCGGGCCAUCUUUCGUCACGCUUAUCGUCUACCGAGACCGGGUCAUCAACAAGAAGAUGACCCCCCUGAGUAAGAUCCAGGACAAGGACAAAAAGCUUCUUAUCAAGAACGAGGAGCCAAUCACGAAUCACAUCGGGAAUGGAGACAAGAACCACGAGGACGACGGGCCUUUACUGGAUGUUGAGGAAAUCAUUUUAAAGAAGGGCAACAAUCCGCUGGGCUUUAGUAUCGUGGGCGGGUCGGAUCACGCGAGUCACCCGUUCGGCAUGGACGAGCCAGGGAUCUUUAUCUCCAAGAUCGUACCGACCGGUGUUGCCGCAACAACCAACCUGAAGAUUGGGGACAGGGUGUUGAUGGUUAACGGCAAAGACAUGCGCAAUGCGACGCACCAAGAUGCCGUUGCGGCUCUCAUCGCUAACGUCUCGCUCAUCAAGCUUCUCGUGCGACACGACCCGCCUCCGAAAGGACUAAAUGAUGUGAAUUUCCACAAGAGUCCAGGGGAGAAGUUGGGAAUUAGUAUAAGGGGCGGGGCCAAGGGUCACCCUGGCAACCCACUUGACAAGACGGACGAAGGAAUUUUCAUAUCUAAGGUUAGCGAGGGAGCCGCUGCACACAAGGAUGGAAGGCUCAUGGUUGGACAGAGAAUAUUAGAGGUGAAUGGUGUCAGUCUGCUCGGCGCUACUCACCUAGAGGCUGUACGCGCACUAAGAUCCAUGGGAGACCGCGUGACCUUAUUAGUAUGCGAUGGGUACGAUCCUAGCAUCGUGCCCGAGGCCCACCCUGGAAACGUCCCUGUCAUGUCCAUCGGGUCAGGCCGAUCGGUCAGCGAGGAGUCAAUCGAUAGAGAUCCGCCGGCCCACGAGCGAGCUCACGAAGAUAUUCGGAAGGAGAUCCGGCGGCAGGAGGAAGAAGCCAGGAAAGAGGCUGAGAAAUUCGAGCAAGAAGACCUCGAGAGAAAGGAGGCUUUGAGGCUUCGACUCGAAGAAGCGAAACAACUCGAAGACGAUACCACUCAGAAGCCCGACCGGGGCACAACAAGCUCUCCCGACCAGCAGGCGCGGGAUGGCUCACAAGAAGCCGACUCGAGACCACAGCGACAGAAAUCAGGCGACCAAACCGACUCUUCUAACAAACCCCAGCGGACACUGUCCGCUUCCGAAAAACGCGCUAUUGACGCGGAAAAGCGCGCACAGUGGCGACAACAGCGCAUGCGCGAGUUAGAGGAGGACGCUCUCAAGGCACAAAUCGUCAUCGCUCAAGUCAAAGCAAUGUCCGCAUCGUCGUUAGAGUCACUUCCGCUCGCAUCGCCAGACGCCAACCGGAAGUCGCCGAGCUCGUCAGAUAACGAGGCUCAACAGGACAGUGGACUCAGAAGAACGUCCAACGGUUCCACAAACAAAUCCACGUGAUGUUCAUCCCACGAAUAUAUUUCAAUGAUGACGAUUCCCAAAAGACACUGCGCGCCGCUCUGAUAGGCGUUACCAUGAUGCAGUGCGAUUUGAACCCGCCUCAUAUCCGCUGGUCACGAAAAUUGCGGGUUUUUAAUUUAUCUUAGAUUUCAGUAAAAUUAUUUCCGUAUUUUAAGUUUAGAUUUUACUUUCUACUGCGAAAACGUUUGAUGGACAUUAUAAGAGUAACAUUAUUUACGUUUUUAUCAUUUUAGUCUAUUGCCGUAAUUUCGGUGUAUGCUGUAAGAAUGGCCUGUAUUUUUAGAUUUUAUUUCGCCGUACGUCUAAGAAGGAAAAAAUCUUGUUUUUAACAGUGCACGUCAACAUGAAUGAUGACCGGUGUUUUUAAUUUUAUUUUUCACAUAGCAGACUAUUGACCAUUUCAAAAAGAAUCCAUAGGCCAAAAAUAUUGUAGUUUUUCGGAAUCAUAGGGUUUUCUCUAAACUAUACCCGUUGUUUGUCUUGACAAAUCACCACUGUUUUAUCUGAACUAUUAGUAAAAAUGUAUUUAUUGUUAUAUUUUACUUCAAUGUUUUUAUCUGGUUUGUUUUUGAAACGGUCAGCAUCCAGAAAGGCGCCAACAACCUGCUAUUUUAAAGAUAUAGAUAAAUUUAGUAGGGAGAGAUUGAAAAAAAAUAUAUCCUUAUACUUAUGUAAACAUUGCCAAAUACCUGAAUAAUUCUCUCAAUUUUCAAGUAAAACUUUAAUUUAGUGGAUCUGACAAAUCUAAUAUCUUCUGGUAGUUUCCGGACGAUUCUCGAGUUAACACAGACAUCUCGAGAGAAAAUGGCUUUUAACGACCGAUUCGAACUACGAAAUAAGCAAGAGUAAAUGUGUACCGGGCGUAAAACAGAAACCUACAUAGUUAGCCUAACGCUUUUAGUCUCUUACUUGCUUGCAUAAAUAGGGAAUCUGAAACUUCUGAUGCAUGAAAAAAGACCAGCUUGGAGUGCGCACAAGCGAGUCCGAAACUAAAAGCGGCUGUGAAGGAGGCGAGACAGUAUAUGACAUGAAUGCGUCGUACCCAGAUCACGUGCCCAUGUCGUACUUUGCCAUGAUCACGUGAUGAUGUGCUGUCCCCUGAUCACGUGCCCAUGUCGUACUUUGCCAUAAACACGUGGUCAUGUGCUGUCCCCUGAUCACGUGCCCAUGUCGUACUUUGCCAUGAUCACGUGGUCAUGUGCUGUCCCCUGAUCACGUGCCCAUGUCGUACUUUGCCGUGAUCACGUGGUCAUGUGCUGUCCCCUGAUCACGUGCCCAUGUCGUACUUUGCCACGAACACGUGGUCAUGUGCUGUCCCCUGAUCACGUGCCCAUGUCGUACUUUGCCGUGAUCACGUGGUCAUGUGCUGUCCCCUGAUCACGUGCCCAUGUCGUACUUUGCCACGAACACGUGGUCAUGUGCUGUCCCCUGAUCACGUGCCUAUGUCGUACUUUGCCGUGAUCACGUGGUCAUGUGCUGUUCCCUGAUCACGUGUCUCCUUGUAAAUCCUAGUCUAUUAAGGCACCAAUUACCACACGGAUCCCUGAUAUUAUUCGUUAUAUCAUAUUGUACAGAAUAGCGCGCUCCAAUUAAGACUGCGGUGCAUUUUCCUGGUCGUGUUUGACGAGGUGGAGGGUGGUCCGGUUGGCUAUUCCAUCAAAGGAUAAUAUCAGUCUAAAAUACUUUCACUGUAAUAAAUAUGGAUAUGUUGACUGUUUUAUACACAUAGAAAUAAACCAAUGACCGUAAA